CCCGCGUAAAUCCCUCUACCUCUGCUCAUUUUCCUCCCUAUUUUUUGGCCACCGACGGCCAAAAAUCUACGAACCGAGGAGAUCGUCGGGAAUGUACGGUGGCUCUACGCUGCCAUUCCGGCGUCUUUUUCGCUUCAUUAUCUUUCACUCACUGAACCACUGUUUUCAGCUCGCUUUUAAACUCCAGCGAUUGAAGAAUAUUGUUUUUGCUUAUUCGAGGCCGUUAACGACCGAUCGGAUUCUUAUCGUGCAGGGAAGCAGAUUGAUGAGCUCUCUAUGUUUUAUAAAUUGGUGUAAAGAUGUAGGUGUUGUAAGGUCUUCUGAGUAUCUAGAGGUUCGGGGAAUUGACUGCAAGGUAUUGGAGACAUUGGAUACGUUUGUUAGGGACAGAGCAAAAAGACCGACGAAUCGAGAGAAGGAGCAACGUUUACCUUCUUGAGGAUUAUUGAGAGGAGUACUCCCCUUGGUUAAUUAAGAGGAAGAUCAUGAGUUUAUGACUAAGGAACACUAUCU